GCUUUUCUAUAUUUUUAGAUUGUCAACCUGUCAAUUACUAUCUGUGAGUUUGUUGGUCGUGAAUUAGUGUUAUUUAUGUUUUUUAUCACAUUUAUUUAUUUUUGAUUAUUUUGUUUUAAUUCCUAUAAUUUCGUUUAAACUCAAAAUAUGAUUCUUUGGAUACCUCUCUCAGUGAACAAUCAAUAUGGGUGACUUGAGUGCCUCUGAUUGUUCCUGGAAGAAAAUGGUCUUAUCGAAGUCCGAAAAUAAAUGGAGUUCUAUGAUCAAAUCUGAAUCAAUACAAGUUGAACAGACGAUGAACACUAACAGUUUCUCUUUAAACGACGAUAUGUGUAAUUUUCCUACCAUUAAAGUAGAGAAAGAUGACGACACUUCAAUGGUAAACUAUGAAUCUAGCGUAGAAGAAGAUGCCUCUGUAAGUACUGAAGAUGAUCCUUUAAUGACCGAUAAAUCGGAAAUAAAGACCGAGGCCAAGUCAGUGCGUGUCGGUAGACGAAUAUCGGGACCUAAAAAUGAGACUCCAGAAGAGCGCGCUGCUCGUCUGGCCAGGAUGUCGGCAUAUGCUGCGCGAAGACUCGCAAAUGAAACACCGGAGCAGCGGGCCAUGCGGCUCAAACGCAUGUCGGAAUAUGCAGCUAAGCGCCUGGCAACUGAAUCCCGUGAUCAGAGGGCUAAAAGAUUAGCAAGAAUGUCUGCUUAUGCUGCUCGCCGACUAGCAAAUGAGACAACUGAGCAAAGAGAAGCAAGACUAGCUAGAAUGUCAGCAUAUGCUGCUCGGAGACAAGCCAUGAAGAAAGCUACAGCAGCUAUUAAAAAUGAUGUAUCCAAUCUUUCCGAUUCUGUAUACAAUGAACAAUCUAACUAGAGUUAAUUUUAUAAUGCCUAAUCCAUUCUAUAAUAUCAUAAAAUUAUUUUUAUACUUGGAUUUGAUUUAUAAUUACUAUUUUGGGGGCUUUGAGUUGGUCAUUUUGCAUAAAUAAACUUUCUGUUUAACCAUGUUGUAUGUAGAUAUGGACUUUUUAUAGGCAGAGAAUAUUUUUGUGUAAUUACUGUUUAUUUAACAUUUGCAAGGCUGCCAUCCACUAAGCAAUGAUACCCCUCUUUUUACCCACAAUACACUUUUAUUACCCAAUGUUUUAUAUAUAUACCUAAUAUGCAAUAAAUAUAUAAUUAAAUUUAAAUUUUGAUAGUUGGUUGCCUUAAAUAAGAAAUAAAAUGUAAAUAGUAUUUUUGUUUUGUAUAUAAUAUACAAAAAGCACAUAUUAUGCCUUAAGCUUAGAAAUAAAAGUUUGAAAUUUAA